AUGAAGCUGAAGUUCCCCAACCCGGGCCUGGAGGACAGGAUAUUGUCCCAUCAGCAGCUGGACAAGCUGGAGGAGGAGGAGGCCGGAGACAGACCCAAAUGGGACAACAAGGCCCAGUACAUGCUGACCUGUGUGGGCUUCUGCGUGGGACUGGGAAAUGUCUGGCGCUUUCCUUAUCUGUGUCAGAGUCAUGGAGGAGGUGCGUUUAUGAUUCCGUUUCUGAUCCUGCUGGUUCUUGAAGGCAUCCCCCUUCUCCAUCUGGAGUUCGCCAUUGGUCAGCGUCUGAGAAGAGGCAGCUUGGGCGUGUGGUCUUCUAUUAAUCCCGGUUUGGCUGGGAUUGGUAUUGCAUCCAUGUGUGUGUCUCUGAUGGUCAGCCUCUAUUACAACACCAUCAUUGCCUGGAUCAUGUGGUACUUCUUCAACUCCUUCCAAGAGCCGCUGCCUUGGAGCCAAUGUCCCAUGAACGCCAACUCAUCAGGAUUGAUCUCGGAGUGUGAGAGGAGCUCCCCCGUGGAUUACUUCUGGUACAGGGAGACCCUGAACACGACUCCGACGAUCGAAGAGAGCGGCGGGCUGCAGUGGUGGCUGCUGUUGAGUCAUAUCUGUGCCUGGUCUGUUCUCUACAUCUGCAUCAUCCGUGGGAUUGAGACCACGGGGAAGGCUGUGUAUGUGACUUCUACCCUUCCCUAUGUGGUGCUCACAAUAUUUCUGAUCAGAGGAUUGACCCUGAAGGGCUCAAUCGAUGGGAUCAAGUUUCUCUUCACACCAAAUUUAGCAGAGCUGGCCAAUCCAAAGACAUGGCUGGAUGCUGGUGCACAGGUUUUCUAUUCGUUCUCUCUGGCAUUUGGCGGUCUCAUUUCAUUCUCCAGCUACAACUCUGUACAUAACAAUUGUGAGCAGGAUGCUGUGAUCAUCUCCAUCAUCAACGGUAUCACCUCUGUGUAUGCUGCCACUGUCAUUUACACCAUCAUUGGCUUCAGAGCAACACAGAGAUUUGACAACUGUGUUUCUGGAAACAUCCUGGCAUUACUGAACACAUUUGACCUUGCUGAGGGCAACGUCACUGACGGCAACUACGAUCAGGUUCUUCAACACCUUAAUCAAACACACCCAGACGUUAUUGAAAGGUUGGAUCUGAAAACCUGCAACUUGGGAACAUUCCUCAGCGAGGGAGUGGAAGGAACUGGUUUGGCCUUCAUUGUGUUCACUGAGGCCAUCACCAAGAUGCCCCUCUCACCGCUGUGGGCGGUCCUUUUCUUCAUCAUGCUCUUCUGCCUCGGCCUGUCCUCGAUGUUUGGAAACAUCGAGGGAGUUAUGGUGCCACUGCAAGACCUCAAAGUUUUUCCUAAGACUUGGUCAAAAGAAGCAACCACUGCGAUAACCUGCCUCGCCUGCUGCCUGGUGAGUCUGCUGUUCCUGCAAGGUUCAGGAAGCUACUGGCUCUCGUUGUUUGACACCUACGGUGGAUCCAUCCCUCUGCUGGUCGUCGCUUUCUGCGAGAUGUUCUCAGUCGUUUACAUAUACGGGAUAGACAGAUUCAAUGACGACAUAAAGUUCAUGAUUGGACACAAACCAAACUUUUUCUGGCAAGCAUCGUGGAGAGUCAUCAGCCCACUCAUCAUGCUUUUCAUUCUGAUUUUCUACUUCAUCACUGAAGUUUCUGAAGAGCUCCUUUACAAAACCUGGGACCCUGACUCAGAACAAUUCCCAACACUUACAGAAAAGCUGUAUCCAGUCUGGGUCUAUGUGGCCAUCUUCAUAUUGGCUGGUAUACCCACCAUCGCAGUGCCGCUUGUCGCUCUCUGGAAAUGUUUACAGAGGAAGAGGGGGAAAGAUUCACACGACUUUGAUCUGUCGUGA